CUUCACGGAACUCAGCGUCAGGGAGGAAUAAAAAGUGGGCAUCCUGUAGCAGAACGGGUCGCGGGUCACUCCUGGGAGCCUUCACGGGCCCACCUGCCCGUGGCAAGGCACACCCAGGGGCCACAGGGUGCAGAGAGGGCACGUUCAGGAGCUGCAGGAGUGGUACAGGUGCAGGUGCAGGCUCAGGGCGGGGUCUUUGUUCUUUUGCUCAUCCCUCCCCUCCCCUUUCCUCCCCAGAAGCCCGGAAGCCCGUGACUCUGCCGCCAGUACUGAGGACGGGCCCAGGGAGGGGUGGGAGGAAGAGGGAUGGUGGCAGCGCUCAGGCCAUGAAGCAGGCUGACCUUUAGCUCGGGGCCGUGUGCUUGUGGUCUGGGCUCUCACAGCGGCAGUCAUGAGUGGAAGUUACAACUGCACCGAUCUACUAGCACCGGGAAUCCCCUCCAUAAACCAGGCCUGGGGGCUCUGGGCCCUCUUAGGGGUCACGGCGCUGCUGCUGUUUCUCGUCUCACUGGCUGCAUGCCUGCCCCAGUGGACCAGUGGCCGGAGCAGGAGCCACGGAGGGCAGGGACAAUCAGGAGGGUCCACGGAAGAUGUCCCCUUGUAUGGGAACCUGCAUUAUCUACAGACAGGAUGGCUGACUCAAGAACCCAGGCCAGACCAGCAGGAUGCACCCCCUGGAGGCCCUGCCAGGGCUGCAGAGGAGCCCCCAUGCUACACCAGCCUGCAGCUGCGGCCUCCUCAGGGCCGGGUCCCCAGCCCCGGGACCCCCAUCAAGUACUCGGAGGUGGUGCUGGACUCGGAGCCCAAGCCGCAGGCCUCGGGCCCUGAGCCGGAGCUCUACGCCUCAGUGUGUGCCCAGACCCGCCGGGCCCGGGCUUCCUUUCCCAAUCAGGCCUACGCCAACAGCCAGCCGGCGCCCAGCUGAGCUGGCCGGUGGGCCCACAGGGGCUACUGCUCGCCCUGUUGGGGGCAGGACUCUCUCCCAGCCAGCCCCCAAGCACAGUGCGCCGCCGGCCACCUUCUAUCAGAACGGCACAGGCAACAUCUGCGGGAAGGCAGGCCCCAGUUUCCUGGGGUGGGCGCUGCAGAGGCAGUGGGGGCCCCCCCAUACCUCUCGCUCCUAUCUGUCUCUCUCAGCCCCCAAACUGCCAGGUUCUCUCUGCCUCCUCCUUCCGGGGUUUCCGCAGACCCUCCCCUCUGCCACUCCCUCAGUCUACCCCUGACACAGGCACAGGAAGUGGGCGCUGGGAGGGGGGUGUCGUGGAGGGGGAGGUAAGAGCCACACAGGAUGCAUGGCAGGGUAUCUUCCACAGCAGCCUGUGGGCUGCAGGGGUCCUGGGACCCAGGGACCUGAGGGACCCAGGCCUGGCUCCUGACCUGGGAGCCAGGCGGGAGAGUACAGUCUCCAGCCUGUCUGUGUUGUGUCCUCAAGUUUUCAAUAAAACUUUUCAAAAAAGUG